AUGGCAGAUUCAUCAUCACAACUUUUCACACAUUAUUCCUUUCCGCUUUUUCUUCCACUUUUAUCAGCAGCCCUUUUGAUCGCUUCUUCAUCUGUGAAUGCUAACAGCAACAUUUUCCCGUCUCGUUCGACAUCUAGGUUUCUCGAAACAAGGGCAGAAAAGCUCAUUAGGCAACUUAACUUGUUCCCUAAACUUGAUGUCAAUGUCUCUCCUAGAUAUGCUAACUUUUCGGAUUCAAGUAGACUCGUCGAAAAGAGGCUCCAUCUUGAUAUUCAUGGUGAUCCUGGAGUCAGUGUUGAGGAUUUCGGUCAUCAUGCCGGAUAUUAUAAGCUUCCACACACAAAUGAUGCAAGGAUGUUUUACUUCUUCUUUGAAUCAAGGAACAAGAAGAGUGACCCUGUUGUUAUUUGGUUAACUGGAGGACCAGGAUGCAGCAGUGAACUGGCGUUGUUCUAUGAAAAUGGUCCAUUCCAGAUUGAUGAUAACUUGUCUCUUCAAUGGAACAAUUUUGGUUGGGACAAGGUGUCAAACAUAAUCUUUGUUGACCAGCCUACUGGAACUGGCUUCAGUUUUAGCUCUGAUCAAGAUGACAUUCGCCACGAUGAGGAUGGUGUCAGCAAUGACAUGUAUGACUUCUUGCAGGUUUUCUUUAAGAAGCACCCAGAGUAUGCAGCGAAUGACUUCUAUAUAACUGGUGAAUCAUAUGCUGGGCACUAUAUUCCUGCUCUUGCUUCAAGAGUUCACCAUGGAAACAAGAACAAAGAAGGCAUUUUUAUUAACCUGAAAGGAUUUGCAAUAGGCAAUGGACUAACUAAUCCAGAAAUCCAGUACAAAUCAUACACUCAAUAUGCUGUGGACAUGAAAUUGAUCACACAAUCAGAUGCAGAUGGCCUGAUCCCAAUGGUUGCAAAAUGUGAUGAAGCAAUUAAACUCUGCGAGGCAAAAGGUGAAGGGGCCUGCAUUACUGCCUACGGAGAUUGCACCCGAAUUUUCGAAAUCAUACUGCAGAUUGCUGGCAACAUAAAUUACUAUGAUAUCCGGAAGCAAUGUGGUGGUAGUAAAUGUUAUGAUUUUUCCAACAUGGAGAAGUUCCUCAAUGACAAGAAAGUUAGGGAUGCAUUAGGCGUUGGUGAUAUGGCAUUCGUUUCCUGUAGCACAGUAGUCUACAGGGCAAUGAUCAAAGACUGGAUGAAAAAUCUUGAAGUCAAGAUUCCUGAACUCCUGGAAGAUGGAAUCAGGGGACUUUUGUAUGCAGGGGAAUUUGAUCUCAUUUGCAACUGGCUUGGAAACUGGAACUGGGUUCAUGCAAUGGAAUGGUCAGGGCAGAAGGACUUUGUGGGAGCUCCAGAAUCACCAUUUGUAGUGGAUGGUAAGGAAGCAGGAUUGCAGAAAAACUAUGGACCUUUAACUUUCCUAAAAGUGCAUGAUGCUGGUCAUAUGGUUCCAAUGGAUCAGCCAAAAGCUGCUUUGGAAAUGUUGCAGAAAUGGAUGCAGGGUUCACUUCCAUUAGCUAAUAAGCUGAGCCCUCAACACCGGGCUGCCAGAUUGAUACGAGGGUUCAACCUAUUUCCCAAGCAUGAUAUCAACAUCAACCUCGCCAACAAUUCCGGUUUGCCGGCCGCGAAUAAUAUCGUCGAAAAGCGUUUGCAACUAACGGUUCAUGGUAAUUCCGGUGCAACGGUGAAGGACUUGGCUCAACAUGCCGGCUACUUUCGGCUCCCUAACACUAAAGAUGCAAGGAUGUUUUAUUUUUUCUUCGAAUCAAGGCAGAAUAAGUCUGACCCGGUAGUGAUAUGGUUGACGGGAGGACCAGGAUGUAGCGGUGAAUUGGCUUUGUUUUCUGAGAAUGGCCCUUUCCACAUUACCCCCAAUCUGUCCCUUGUCUGGAAUGAUUUUGGCUGGGACAAGGCAUCUAACCUGAUAUACGUAGACCAGCCGACUGGAACUGGAUUUAGCUAUAGUUCUAGCGAAGAUGAUGUUCGUCACGAUUCAACGGCUUCGAGCAAUGAUCUUUACAACUUUUUGCAGGCAUUUUUCAAACAGCACCCCGAAUUUGCAUCAAGAGAUUUCUACAUUACAGGGGAAUCGUAUGCAGGGCACUAUAUUCCAGCUCUUGCCACCCGAAUUCAGCAGGGGAACAAAAACAAAGAAGGGAAAUUCAUAAACUUGAAGGGUUUUGCUAUUGGUAACGGGCUAACAGAGCCAGGAAUUCAGUAUCAAUCAUACCCGGAUUACGCUUUGGAUGCCAAACUCAUAACUAAGUCUGAUUACGACAGCCUUAACGAGACUGUCGCAGAAUGCCUGAAGGCCUCGCAAUCUUGUGGUACUAAUGGACAAUCUACUUGCACAAAUGCCUUACAAAUUUGUGAAGAAAUCUUCAAUGACAUCAUGUUUAUUGCAGAUGGAGUCAAUUACUACGAUGUCAGAAAGCAAUGUGAAGGUCCACUGUGCUAUGACUUCUCCAAUAUAGAGAAUUUCCUGAAUCAACCAUCGGUUAGAAGUGCUUUAGGAGUCGGAAACAUCGAAUUCGUUUCGUGUAGUACGACGGUGAAUCAGGAGAUGACCAUCGAUCACAUGAGGAAUUAUGAACCUCAGAUUCCACCAUUGCUGGAAAGCGGCAUCAGAGCUCUUAUAUAUGUUGGGGAAUAUGACUUCAUUUGCAACUGGAUUGGGAAUUCGAGGUGGGUUGAGACAAUGAAAUGGUCAGGUCAGAGGAAAUAUUUAGCAGCUCCCAAUGUUCCAUUUACGGUGGAUGGGGUUGAGGCAGGGGUACAGAGAAAAAAUGGACCUUUGAUUUUCCUAAAAGUGCAUAACGCAGGGCAUUUGGUUCCCAUGGAUCAGCCAAAAGCAUCCCUAGAAAUGUUACAAAGGUGGCUAAAGGGCAGCCUAUAA